AAACUGGCAGGCGGUGCCACCCCCUGGAUUGGAUAAGUAAGAAGGCAGGCAGGUGGGAGCUGGCUAAGGGCAGGUUGGUGGGACAGCGCCCCAAUCUUUCCACUGUGAGGACUGAGCAGCACCCCCCUUCCACCCGCGACUGAGAAGAGAGCCGGCGCUGAAGCAGUUAAUCCCUGCGCUGUUGCUGUCGUCGAGUCUGGCUCUCGGAGCUCCGCAGGAGAGAGCGGGCGCAGGCAGGCAGAGCGCGGAUCUUGGCGCUGGCAGAAGAGGCGCAGCAGCGAGUGAGCGCUGCUGGCAGGCGGACAGAGGGACGCGCGCUGUGGCUAAAGCCGGCAGCUGCUUGAGUGACCUUGUCAGCACAUUUCCCAUGGCAAGGUAACCCCUUCUGCCAGUCUGUGAGCAUCACACAAAGACCCCGGUGCUGCUGUGGAUUGCGGUUUCCACUCGUGUCUAGAGAUCCAGCCUUGAGUCAGAUACAAGAAGACGUCAGGGUAUCCUCUGGUAGAUCUGCCUUGUGAAAUACAUGCCCUGUCUCCUGUUGUGUCAACCCAAGAUCGAGAAAUCCAGGGGACUGCCAGGUUAUUUCUGCUCUUGGUGACUUGGAAAAAGAGCCUCGUCUCUCUCUCCCCUACACUCCUGUCCUCCUCCCCAACCUGCCCUGUUAUUCUCUGAAGUCCCGAAUACCAGCAAAGGCCAGAAGACAGGGCCACCUCCUCCCCCAAUCUCUCCAGGGAGGGUGCCUGGGCACAUACGCACCCAGGCUAGAUCUGUGCCAGCAACAAGGGAAGCUGAGUGGGAUCUGGCAUCCGGGUGAGAGGAAGAAGAAGGAGGCAGCAAAACACAACUUGUUAAUUUGUAGGGAGAAGACAAACUCCUUUAAUUAGCUCUGCUUGGCAGCAGCCAAGCAAACAAGAGGCAGUGCCUCCUUCAGGCUAUGUUCCUCAAGCUUCUGGGAUUGCAUUGACCACAUAGACUGCAGACAAAACUCAGCAGUCCCUUGCUAAGUGGCGACGCCUCAGGGCUGAAGGUGAGCCAGGCUCCUUGGCUGUGCCGUAAGCCGUCCUGCGGCCAACCCAUCAUCACCGGACCCCAGAUCUGGCUGUGGAUGUUCCUGGGCACCCAAGCCCUUGAGCCAUUCUUCUCUGCUGCCUCUGCUACCUGCAGCUGUUGCUGAGCGAGGGCCCUCCUCCCUGAGCAGGAUGAACGAGUUACUGGACCCAACCUCCCAGGCCAACCUGGGCGUUGUCUCUGCCACCUGCGUCUCCAAGGUGGAGCUGCGGGUCAGCUGCAAGCACCUGCUUGACCGCGACACGCUCAACAAGUCGGAUCCCUGCGUGGUGCUCCUCAUGCAGUCCCAAGGGCAGUGGAUGGAGGUGGACCGAUCAGAGGUCAUCAGAAGCAACCUGAACCCCAUCUUUGCCAAGGUCUUCAUGGUUGACUAUUACUUUGAGGAGGUGCAGAAACUGCGGUUUGAGGUGUAUGACAUUCAUGGCCACAGCAGCAUUGGGACCCACGAUGACGACUUCUUGGGCGGCAUGGAAUGCACAGUGGGCCAGAUUGUGGCCCAGAAGCGGGUGACCAAGCCUCUGUUCCUGAAGUACGGGAAGUAUGCGGGCAAGUCCACCAUUACGGUGACGUCUGAAGAGAUUUCUGGGGACAAUGGUUUUGUGGAAUUGUUCUUUCGAGCGAAGAAGCUGGAUGACAAGGAUCUCUUCAGCAAAUCAGAUCCCUUUUUGGAGAUCUACCGGAUCAAUGAUGAUGGGAGUGAGCAGCUGGUUCACCGCACAGAGUUUGUCAAGAACAACCUGAGUCCCGUGUGGGAGCCAUUUAAAGUGUCACUGAACUCCCUGUGCAGCUGUGAAGAGAAGCGGAAGCUGAGGUGCGUCGUAUUUGACUAUGACUCCCGGGGCAAACACGACUUCAUCGGAGAAUUUUACACCACCUUUGAGGAGAUGCAGAAAGCGAUGGGGGGCAACAAGAUCCAGUGGGAUUGUAUGAAUCCGAAGUACAAGCUGAAGAAGCGAAACUACAAGAACUCGGGUGUAGUCAUUCUCUUAGACUUGAAGAUUCACAGGGUCUACUCCUUCCUGGAUUACAUCAUGGGUGGUUGCCAGAUCCACUUCACGGUGGCCAUUGACUUCACAGCUUCCAACGGAGACCCCCGAAACAGCUGCUCCCUCCACUACAUCAACCCCUACCAGCCCAAUGAAUACCUGAAGGCGUUGGUAGCCGUGGGGGAGAUUUGCCAAGACUAUGACAGUGAUAAGAAAUUCUCCGCCUUAGGCUUUGGAGCCAGAAUCCCACCCAACUACGAAAUCUCCCAUGAUUUUGCCAUUAACUUCAACCCAAACGAUGAUGAGUGUGAAGGAAUCCAAGGCGUGGUGGAGUCCUAUCAGAACUGCUUGCCCAAGAUACAGCUCUACGGGCCAACCAAUGUGGCGCCAAUCAUUUCCAAGGUAGCCAGAGUCGCAGCGGACGAGGAGAAGACAAAGGAAGCCUCCCAAUAUUUCAUCCUGCUGAUCCUGACGGAUGGGGUCGUGAGUGACAUGGGAGACACGCGGGAGGCCAUCGUCCGGGCCUCCUACCUGCCCAUGUCCAUCAUCAUCGUAGGUGUGGGCAACGCCGAUUUCACUGACAUGCAGGUCUUGGAUGGGGAUGAUGGCAUCCUGCGCUCCCCCAAAGGCGAGCCCGUCCUGCGUGACAUCGUGCAGUUUGUCCCCUUCCGAGAGUUCAAGAAUGCCUCCCCGACUGCCCUGGCCAAAUGUGUGUUGGCAGAGGUGCCCAAGCAGGUUGUGGAAUAUUACAGCUACAAGGCCUUACCUCCCCGAUGCCCCAAAGGCAGCACCCCUGACCCGACUCUGAACUCACCCUCACCCCAGUGACAAGGGCCCCCACCCCUUUGGGCCUCAGCCACAUUGUCUGUCUUCCCUCCAUCUGCCAGUUCCUUCCCCCAGUGAAGUAGAAGAGAGAGAAAGAGAGAGAAAAGGGAGCCCAAACCAGUGCCAGGGAGGAUAGAAGGUUCCCGGGUCCUGCAACAAACUUCAGCCACCAAAAAAGGGGAGGAGAAGGCCAGCCUGUCACCACCACCACCACAUCCCUCACAUGCCCUUCUCCCAGUGGCACAAUAAGAGAUCAGAGCUGGCCCCUUGGAAGCGAGUGAGUUCUAGGAGGACCCAUCUCUCCCAAGGGGAAGAAAAGGGCCUCCACUACCCCAGGCAGAACACACAGUGUGACAAAUUCCCUUGUGAAUGCGGUUUGGCCCAGGAGAUACCUAAAGCACAACCAGAGAAAACCCACUUCUGUCUCACCUACGGAAAAGGGGAGAGAGGGCAUUGGGUGGGCAACUGGCAUUCCCCGUGUUGGCCAUUUGGAGAUGGGAGACUGAGGGCAGGGAAGGAUGCAGAAAGCUUAGUGGGUGGGGGCGGAAUGAGUAGCUUUGUCCCUGUAUCUCUCUCUCUCUC